CUGUGUGCUCCGGUCUCGCGCUGCUCCGUUAUUUCCGUGCUCCGAUCCGCACAAGCACACAUUAUCUGCUCGUCCGCUCAGUAGUGAGGAUCAGUGAUGGCUCGACUGCUGCUCAGGGGAUCUCUGAGAGGAUACUUCACCUCUCCGCUCCGGAGGAUGGGCUCCGAUCAGCUGGGUGAUCUGGGGGCAGGAGCAGGUAAAGGUGGAGGAGCGGGGGGGUCGGUGAGGGCGGCCGGAGGAGCGUUUGGGAAGAAGGGAGCGGCGGAAGAGGAGCGCUACUUCAAGCAGAAGGAGAAGGAGCAGCUGGCGGCUCUGAGGAAACAUCAUGAAGAAGAGAUCGACCAUCACAAGAAGGAGAUCGAGCGUCUGCAGAGAGAGAUCGACCGACACCAGGGCAAGAUCCGCAAGCUCAAACACGACGACUGAAGCUCCACCAUCAUCCUCUUCAUCACUGUACUUCACACUAGUGCCUCGAUCACAUGCUUCUGGAGUAAACCUGUA